AUGGACCAAUUAAAUGUUAAGGAACAACAAGAAUUUCAACAAAUUGUUGAACAAAAACAAAUGAAAGAUUUUAUGAAUUUAUAUGCAAAUUUAGUUUCAAGAUGUUUUGAUGAUUGUGUUAAUGAUUUUACUUCUGGUAAUUUAUCAACUAAAGAAACUAGUUGUAUUUCUAAAUGUUCUGAAAAGUUCUUAAAACAUAGUGAACGUGUUGGUCAAAGAUUCCAAGAACAAAAUGCUUUAUUGAUGCAAAAGCAAGGUCAACAAUAA